AUGUAAAGGGUGAAAAGAGAUGAACAAGCUAAAGAAGUUAUAAAUGUGCUCCUAGCCGAAGAUGCUCCCAUCUAAAGGAUUGCAUUAAUUGAUUUAUUACAAUUAUGCAAUUAUCAAGUAGUGGCAUGCGAAACUGGUAUUUAAGCAAGGGAUGAACUUCUGAAAACGGAAAAUGAAUUUGAUUUGAUACUGUUGGAUUUAGGUCUUCCCGAAAUGACCGGUUUAGAACUUUUGCAAAUUAUAAAAGCUAUUGACAAAUUGAAAGACGUUCCAGUGAUAAUGAUGAGUGGUGAUGAUGAGACAGAAACAGUGGCUGCUUGUUUAAAUGCAGGAGCAGAAGAUUAUAUGGUCAAACCUGUCAAUUUUAAAAAACUUUAAGGGCUUUAAACAUUCGUAAAAAAAAAGCCCAAGUAACGAAAUAACAACUAAAACGAAAAAGGAUAUUAUACAAUAGUUAGAAAUAUAGGCAAAGGAGCCUCUGGUUCUGUUGAAUUAGUAAGAAAAAGUACUGAUUAAGAAUUAUAUGCUAUGAAGGUUAUUCCAACCUUUUUCAUGAAUGAAUAGGAAAGAAAAAAUGCUGAAAAUGAAGUGAGUUUGCUAAGAGUCCUAACUGCUCCAACAAUCAUUAAAUAUUAUGAAAGUUUUACUGAAAAUGAAUCUUUAAAUAUAAUCAUGGAAUAUGCUGAGGGAGGAUCUCUUACAGAAAAAAUAUCUGAAUAUUCAAGAUAUGGAAGUUAAGUGCCCAAGGAUCAAAUAUUAGCUUGGAUGGCAUAAUUAGUAGUAGCAAUUCAUUUUAUGCAUUCUAAAAAUAUUCUUCAUAGAGAUAUUAAAACUUAGAAUAUGUUUUUGAAUAAAGAAUAAGUUAUUAAAUUGGGAGACUUUGGUAUUUCAAAGGCAUUAGGAACUCAUGCCAAUUUCGCAUAAACCUUCCUAGGAACACCUUAUUUUAUGUCACCCGAGGUCAUUAGAGGUGAACCAUAUGGGAAAAAAUCUGACAUAUGGGCCUUAGGUUGCGCUUUGUAUGAAUUGGUUAUGUUAAAACGACCCUUUUAACAUGAUAAUAUUUAAAUUAUUUUCGAAAUGAUACAGAAUAAACCUUACGAUAUGGAUCCAUCAGUUGACUUAGAUCUUCAAUAACUAAUAGAAAAAACACUAUAGAAGGAUCCCAAUAAUAGGCCUACUGUUGAAGAUUUAGCAGCAAUCCCCUGCAUUGAAGAAAAAAUCAAUUAAUUUUAUAAGGAUCAUCCAAAUGAGACAAAUUUAAUCUCGGUCAAAAGAUUGCAAUUAGGCCCAUAAUUACAGCCAGAAACAACAGAAUAAGUUUAAGAUGAAAAUUAUAUUGCUAUUUCUGCUGAUAUGAUAGAGAAAAUUUAAUUAAGAAAAGUAGUAUAUGGAUUCGUCAAUUAAAUUGAAUAUAUAGGUGUUUUAGGUUAAGAUAUUUUAAAUUAUCUUUAAAAAGCUUGCAAAAAUUAGUUAGAAAUUUAAUAAGUUAGUUAAUAGUUAUUAGAAUCCUAACUUAUCAUACCCUUAGAAUCCCAAAAGGAUAUAACACCUAAUCAAUAUUAUUCUUUCCCAAUUUUCCUUUAAUUUAUAGCAGCAAAUAAUUAUUAAAAAUAUACUGGAAGUUCUAUCGAUCUUAUGGAAAUCUCCGAAAAACUAAUUAAAAAAUUCAGAGAAUUCCAAAAGAAAUUUGUAGAUAAGAAUACCAUAAAGGAAGAAAUUUUAGAAUAAGGGUUUAAGGAGUACUUUCAGUUAGUUCAAGAAACAACUUAAUUACAAAAAUCUACAAUUAUUGAUUACUCUUAAGAAAAGCAAUUAGCAGCUUAUGUGAAUUUAUUUUAAAUAAUGAGAUUUCAUCAAUCAUUAAAUUAAUAUUAUGUUAAUAAGCUCCAGUAAAAAGGAGUAAUAGAAGAACCUAAAUCAAUCUUAAAAACCAUUAUAGGUUCUAUUUUACCUCCGCAUCCAAAAAUAGUAGAUUUUGCUUAUUCAAUAAACAAAUUAAUUACUACUUUGCCUUAAAUUAAACAUGGAAUAUUGAGAAAAAAUAAACCUGCUCCAAAUUUUCAUUCCUUACCAAAUAAUGAUCCAAGAAUCCUAACUGUAGAUACUAGGGGAGUAAUCUUUAUUUUUACUGAUGAAUACUAAGAUGCUAAUGUUAGUUUAAUUACUGAACUGCAAUUCUUAGAUGAAAAAUCAGUUUAAUAGUUUAUUCAAAAUCAUAUUAAAUAGUUUAUACUGCGAAAUGUCUGCCUUGACAUUAUUGAAUAGGAAAUUAUAAUACAUCCUUUAUGUUAAACUUAUCUAAGUGAUUUUGGGUCUGAGAAAUAGUUGUUUGAAUGGUUAUUAGUAAGAAUGGAUGAUGGGUACAAUAAGGAAAAACUCUUACAUUAGUAUGAUUAGUAGGAUUUUUAUAUAAGAUUCAAAAAUCCUAACGAGUAGAAAAAGUAACCAAAAAAUUGA